CGUCACGUGACCUAUCGCCAUUUUUGCCAGAUAAACAACUUCGACGGAGAUAGUUGACGAAUCGAUCAACAUCUCUGUAAAUACUGACCCUACCACAUUUAUUUUCACAUAUUCUAGUAGAAGAGAUAUUGAACCAGAAUGUAUAAAAUUAGGGAAAUUACAGAUAAAGUCACCAAUGUGGUGAUGAACUACUCGGAGGUAGAGACCAAAGUCCGUGAAGCCACUAAUGAUGACGCAUGGGGACCUCAUGGGACCUUAAUGCAAGAAAUAGCUCAAUACACAUUCACUUAUGAACAUUUCCCAGAGGUUAUGGGAAUGCUAUGGAAAAGAAUGCUCCAUGAUAAUAAAAAGAACUGGCGCCGAGUAUAUAAGUCUCUGUUGUUAUUGACCUACCUGACUAGGAAUGGAUCAGAGAGAGCUGUAACCUCAGCAAGAGAACACGUAUAUGACCUGAGGAGUCUAGAAAAUUACACUUUUGUUGAUGAAAUGGGGAAGGAUCAAGGCAUAAAUGUGAGACAGAAAUGUAAAGAUCUUUUAGAUUUUGUACAGAAUGAUGAAAAACUCAGGGAAGAAAGAAAGAAGGCAAAGAAAAAUAAAGACAAGUAUACUGGAAUAAGUGGCGAAGGUGGCAUGAACUUUAGAUAUAGUGACCGAUAUGGUGAAGAACCAGCUCCGAGACGAAGGCAAAUGGAUGAUCUUGAUGACUGGCGUGGGAGUAACAACAGAAAAAAUAAUAUUGCAACAGAGGCUAUUGAUAAAGUAAAAGAGUUCUGGAAUAGAAGGAAACCCGGUGGAACAUUUGACGAUGAAUACAGUUCUGACUAUGAUCGAGGCUAUGGAAGAAGCAGUAAUGAGUUCCGAGAUGGCGGGGAAGUAGGAGAAUAUGACCGUGAUUUUGACCAUAGCCCUUCUGACUAUAGUCGUGACUAUCGUAAUGAUGAAUAUGAAGAUGACCUUAGUCGUGGCGACACUCGUGACAAAGACAGAGAUUUAAAAAACAACAGGUUUAAAGAUGAAUUUCACGAUGAUGAUUCAGAGGAAUUUACACAUGUGGAACGCACUCACACUACAAAAACUGAAAAAAUUAUAUCAAAUCGUAAAAAAAGUUCUAAAAAAGUUGACUUAGGUGCUGCUGCUAAGCUUGGCCAAGAAGAUGAUAAGAGUGUGUCGAGUAAUGACGUUUCAGAUCUGUUUGGUGACAUUCCCUCCACUAAUGACUUCAACCCCAGGGCAUCUUCAGGGGCAGUCCAGGUUGCAAAUACAAAUACUGCCAGCAAUGGUGACUUUGCAGACUUCUCAAACUUCCAAGGCGCCUCAACAGUACAGUCCCCUAAGACCCCAGCAAGCAAUGAUGAUUUUGGAGAUUUUAGCAGUUUCUCUAGCGUGAGCGCAAAUAUAUCUACAACGACGACCACGACUACUCAACAAUCUGCCAAUAUAGAAUUACUGAAUGGAACCUCGAGUACAAGUCCAAAUGAUUUUGGAGAUUUCGCAACGUUUAAGUCAGGAGGUGCACCUACCCAGAAUACAUCUGUGCAAUCGCCAUCCUCAAACACAGAUCUAUUAAGUGGAGUAAUGGGAGCUGCUCCUCUCCAACCAAUGUCUAGUCAACCUAUGAUGAACACCCAACCCAUGGGUAAUCAACCCAUGAUGGGAGCUCAAAUGGGUGCACAACCAAUGAUGGGAGCACAGCCCAUGAUGGGUAACCAACCAAUGGGAGGUCAGCCUAUGAUGGGAAAUCAACCAAUGGGAGGUCAGCCUAUGCUGGGCAACCAACCAAUGG